AAAAUUUGCACUUCCAUCAUUUUGUAUAGUACAUCGAGUGGAAUCGAAAUCAUCAGAGUGAAUUUCGUGGUUAAUAAGUGAUUUCUGUUGAAAAGGAAGCCAUUAGAAUAAAUCAAGAUGGUUCAAGGAUUGCAGGGAAUGUCUAUGGCCAGCCUGAAGAAAAAUCCAGCGCUGAUUCCGCUUUAUGCUUGUAUCGCCGUUGGUUCUUUUGCUGCCGUUUUCUACACCCUUCGGCUGGCUAUCUCUAGCCCCGAAGUCACCUGGAACCGCACCAGCAAUCCGGAACCCUGGGAAGCUUACAGGAACAAGCAGCACAAGUUCAUGUCCCCAGUCCGGGACUACUCCAAAAUUGAGAGCCCAGCCCCGAAAUACCAGGAAUAAAUCUCUUUUGGAAGAGGUAGUUGCCGAACAGCAGGUAAACUCAAGUAGCACUAUUUAACAACUAAAAAGUUUGAACAACAAAAAAGUGUAAAAGCAAAAUCGUUACCAGCACUCUCCAGAAUUGUUAAAAAUGACAUUUUGGUAGGCUGUUGGUCGGGAGACAAUGAAGAGCGGAAUAAAUCAGUGAUAACGCGGAUUA